AAUAGGGAUUCAGAUGUGCGCUGCAGCGAAAGGAACACCUCUCCUCUAUUAGAAAAACUUGCCGCAUAUGAAAGAAAACUUUUUCCCCCGCACCCGCGCCUGAACAAAAGGGAGACUUGUGUGAAUCUCGCCUGGAUAUAUCCCUGAAUUUUUCCGACAGCUGUUAGAUAUGAGUAAAAAACGGAUUUGACCUGUUUUAAAGUGAAGACGGGGAACUUGCGUUCACACCCAAGAGUGGUCCUAUAAAAUGCUCAGGUAGCCUGCUGAAAAGAGAAACAAUCAGAGACGCCACCGCUGAGGCAGUGGACAUAUACCAUGGAAUGAUAAUAUGAAUCUACCCUACUUGCACGGGGCCGAGUGCGUCACCUCUUUUUCACUACGCUCUCCCCUGCUGUUCUUGUGGAACAGGAGCGCAUUCAGUUGGGGAGUUUGACCAAAGAUCUGCGUAAGAAAUCUCAGGCUUGUUUUUCAUCAUUUUUGGGAGCGCUUUUUUAUAUUGUAUUUUAAUGAGUGCUCAAUUAGGAAUGGCAGGAACUGUUCCGUAUUUUCUGCUUGUGGCUUUGACGCUCUCUGAAGGAGGUUGGAGUGGGUCUUAUCCACAGCGGUACAAUUUGUACGCGGGGCAAGCUCAGUCCCUAUCCCAGACGCAGAAUGGAGCGAGAGCAGCGAGCCGACACAGAAACUGGUGUGCAUAUGUGGUGACACGGACGGUGAGCUGUGUGGUGGAGGAUGGGGUAGAGACCUAUGUGAAGCCAGACUACCAGCCCUGCUCCUGGGGGCAGGUGCAAUGUCCCCGCGUGGUGACGUAUAGGACGUACAUGAGGCCCAAGUACAAGGUAGCCUAUAAGAUGGUUACUGAGAUGGAGUGGAGGUGCUGUCAUGGGUACAGUGGAGAUGACUGCAAUGAGGGGAUGAAUGGCGGCUACCCCACCCAAAUCGGCACCGCCAGACCCUGGCCCAAACCUUCGAAUCCAGGACAGACAGGCUCAGGCACAGGCUCAGGCCAAAUUGGAGGAGACGGUAGAGGUGACAGUGACAAGAUGAAGCAGCUGGAGGACAAGAUCUCAAGCCUGACCAAAGAUCUUCAUGACCUACAGUCCACACUGCGGGGCAUGAAUGAGAAGUUUCAGGAGGAGAUGCGGAAGCCGGGGUUUGGCGGCCGAACGCCAGCAGAUUCUGCCCAGCCCGAAAUGAAGCAGACCAUUCACAGCAUCCAGGCCAAGCUGGACCAGCUGGACAACAGGACCCAGGCACAUGACAGGACGCUGCUCAACAUUAGCAACCACCUGGUGAACGGCAACGGAAACAGUAACAGUGUGGAAGGUGGUGUAGGUGGUGGUCAGUGGAAUACGCUGAAGGAGGAGGUGUUGAGGGAGCUGGAGCACAGGGUGUCCUUGUCCUGCUCCUCAUGUCAGUCGGGUGUGGAAGACCUCCGGCGGCAGCAACUGGAAGACCGCGAGAGGAUCCGUGCCCUGGAGAAGUUGGUGAACUCAGUAGACCAACGGCACCGAGUGAUGCUGGACAGCCUGCGUAAGGAUGUGUCACGCUCCCAGAGCUGCUGCAGCUCACUGGUUGACGUCGGCCAUAGGCUUGACCAAGUAGAGAAGAAGAUUACCUCAGCAUCAGAGGCCUACGAUAUCAUCCAGGUCCGUCUGGACAAGCAAUUUCCAGGAACCAGUGGUGGUGGGGCUGGUGGAGGUACCUUGGUGACAGAGGACAAGUUUGAUGGGCGCCUGCAUGAUCUUGAGAGACGGCUGAACAGCACGAUACAGAAGGCAGAACAGACUUGUGGAAACACAGGCGCUGACCUGAAGGACACCUUCGGGAGGGACCUCAUCAAUAUACGGAAUGAAGUCAAUGGCCAGCACAACAGGAUAACCAGUGUGGAGGAGGAUGGGAGAAUCCUGAAGGACACCAUCUCUGACCACGGAGACCGACUAGCCCGGCUUGAGAACACGACCAAUCAUCUCAACCGCAAGCUGAGCACAUGCUUGGAGUCAUGCGGGCGUGGGCCAGGGCAAGGUGUCACUGAAACCGAAAAUGAGGUAAAGUCCCUGCAAUGGAAGGUCAUUGCCAACCAGCAUGAGAUCAAGAGGUUUGACACUAGGCUGAAAGACCUUUCCGUCUCAGGCGACUCCUUGAUGGACAAAGUUCAGGACCUUGGCCACGAAGUACGCAAGAUCAAGGCUCUGACUGGAGAGAAUGGCGAGCACUUCAACCGCAUCGUUACUGAAAUUGAGACCCUAGGUGAGCGGGUGGAAGACUGCGAUGCCUGCGGCUCACUGAGGAAUGAUCUAGGCACGCUCAGGAAUAGCACCAGGCACAUUCUUAAUAAGCUUCGGGCAGACAUUGACAGAGUGAGCGAUCAGAUGGACUCAGAUGGAACUUCCUGUUCCCAGGUGUGCUCGAACCUGCAGGAGGAGGUGGGGAAGCUAAAGGAAGAGGUUGAGAGGUGUACAGGGCAGUGCAGCAUUGGCUCAGGUGGACCUGGUGAGGCAGGUGGGGACCCCGACCCACAAAAGCCCUUGGACGGACACAGUGUCAUCGGUGGUGCUUCUGAUGAGACACUGAGAUCCAUCCAAGGUGAGCUCUCUGAGGUCAUACUGACCUUCAGCUCUGUCAACGACACCCUGAGGGGCCUGGAAGAUACAGUGCAAAAGCACGACAGUACCAUCACAGACCUGAGCAACACCAAGGACAGGAUCUUCUUAGAGAUCGACAAGAUCCAGCAAGAGAUGACACGGCACGUGGAGGAUAGCCGCGGUCGCAUUGACCACAUUGACCGUGAGAUCCGACGUUUCACAAACAACCUCGUGGUGGAGAUGGGUGACUGCCGGAGAUCUACAGACGGGCUGGAGAAGAGGAUCUCCAAGGUGGAAGAUGUCUGUGGUAGGCUGGAUUCGGUGUCAGAUGGCCUGCAGAAGAUCAAGGAUGGUCUGAACAAACACGUGACUGGUCUCUGGGGCUGUGUCAAUGAUCUCAAUGCCACCGUCACCACACAUGGAGGGCUCAUCGAAGACAUCCGGGGCACGCAACUGGAUGUUGUCCACGGCAAAAUAAAGUUUCUCAACUCCUCUGUGCUACGCAUCCGCAACGAUUUUGAUCAUUUCUCCAAGCAGGACUUUGUUGGGCCACGUGGGCCCCCAGGUCCUAAAGGAGAGACAGGGCACCAGGGGCCUCCAGGGCCAAAGGGUCCACCAGGCAGAGAAGGACCCGCUGGCAAAAAUGGUGUGGAGGGCCCAAGGGGACCCCCAGGACUCAGAGGUGAACGUGGUAUGCCGGGAGCCGAUGCCAACGUGCCUCGACUGUCUUUCUCCGCUGCCCUUACAAACCAACAUGACAACCCAGGAACCAUAGUCUUCAACAAGGUGUUUGUCAACCAGGGAGAUUUCUACAACCCACAAACUGGGAUCUUCACGGCCCCGCUAGACGGGCGCUACUUCUUCAGUGCCGUCCUGACAGGCCGCAAGAACGAGAAGAUCGAGGCGGUCCUGUCCAAGUCCAACUACGGCGUGGCGCGGGCAGACUCGGCCGGAUACCAGCCCGAGGGCCUGGAGCACAAGCCCGUGGCCGAGACCAAGCCCACGCCAGGCUCCCUGGUCGUCUUCAACAUCAUCCUGCCGCUACAGGUCGGGGACACCAUCUGCGUAGACCUGGUCAUGGGCAAGCUGGCCCACUCCGUGGAACCACUCACCUUCUUCAGUGGGAUGCUGUUGUACGAGGACGUCUGAGGACCAGCCACAAAACGAGGAGAAACUUUUAAAUAAAUACAAAAUAAAAACAUGUUAAGGAGGGAAAUCUUUUUUAAAUGCAGUGACUUUUUACAUUCAUAACUUUACAAACAAAAAAAAAAACAAUAGGAAGACAAUGGCACCAUUUUUUUUCUUGGUUUCAUUUGUAAACCCUAUUGCCACUGAAAGACUUAAUUGCUUGAAGACAGGAUAUAACAGAAGUUAUAUGGAGCAGAGACUUUGCCUGUGACGUACCUUUCCCAUUGCUGGGAUAAAAGUUUUAACAGAUGCUACUGCAGAUUUAUUCUAGUUUAUCUGUGUCUUUGCGUUUCACUUCAGACAAGAGUUAUGGACAAUCAUACGCGCACCAAACCUGACCUUGAUGUGCUGUCAAAAUCUUGUGGCUAACUUUCUUCCAAUGUGGAAGGUGGAGCUCUACAGUUCAGAAAUGUAUUUUUGUGAGGUUGGAUUUGAAAUUAUUGCAGGGAAGUGAUAUUUCUGUGCACUUUUAGUCUGUAGUUUUACCUCGUGGUUCCACUUGGGAAUGGCACUCCACAGCACAGCCGCGCUGACAGUGUAUAAAACUAUGCAGUUAAUGUGCCUUAACUCUGUUCACAACAACACAGGGCCUGUUGUUCUGUGUGGAAGAUCAUGCUGAUUUAGCCUCAGUGAUGUAACUUUUUUGCAUACAUACAAAAUGCAUACAUUUUAUUUAAAGGUUUAUACGAAAAGCAUUUUAGUAAAAUAACCAGAGGAUACAGUUUGGCUAUGUUGUGAUAAUAUUCCAGAAGGUCUGCAAUUUCUUGAACCAAUGCCAAAGAUGACAAGUAAGGGGCUUAUUUUAAACACUGCUUUUUGCUUUAUUAAAAAGGACAAAUUUCAUUCAUUAAUGGGGCCGUGGGUAUAAAUGUUUUUUUAUGGCCAGAAAUAAAUAUCAGCCCUAACAGAUGCCACACGUCGGCUUUUCCAGUACAUCUUCAUCUGGUUUAGUAAUUGCAAGAGGAGUAUAUGGAGAAUACGUUGGCCUUUAUCCAAUGCCUGGGCUUGAAUGUUACACGAUGACAAGAGGAUGCACAGAAACACCAGCAGGCCAAAACUGAGGUCUUCCUCUGGAUUAGAGCAAUAAGGUCCAGAAAAUGUGCUUGAGUCUUCAUUAUGCAGUUUCCUGUCCUGUCCUGUCCUGUGUCCUGUCAUUUUGAGGUUCACUCUUUAAGUCAGAAUUCCUGUCAGGGAAAAUUUGUUGGAAUUAACUGCUCUGAUACUUUCUCUAUUCAAAAAGUAGUUGAAAAGCAGUAAAAAUGCAUGUCAUUCAUAUAGGCCUAUGCUAAAAUUUUGAUUGACGAAUUCAAACAAACACAAAAGGAUGCUCUCUCUAUACUGAAACAGCAUAACUACACGAAACACACUGAACGAAUCAAACACCUGUCAUUUUACCCAACAGAAUAAUGGUACCAGUCAUGAUCACAUAUGGAAUUGACAAAUGAACAUUUAAAUCUACUGACUGUAUCCAUUAAGUUCCCCAUCCAAAAAUUUCCCCAGCACUUAACACUCUGGCAGUUGUACAUCUCAACAGCAUUUCUAUUUGGUUUCAUGUCUGAAACGUUAGUGUGUGACUAUUAAUUUAACAAAGUCCAAAGCCUAAGAGUAUCACUUUCAUUAAAAGAUUUGUUUUGUUAGAUGAAGUUCUAAAAAAAAGACGUUCUCAUUCAGCAUGCAAUCCAAAGUGGCUGUAAAUUUUUGUAUAUUUUUUUUGUACAACUGCUCACAGUUUAUCUUCAAAUGUGCAUUGGCGACACGACACGUGUGGUUUAAAUAAAGAUAUUUAAUUUUACACA